GGCCGGCUGCUGGCCAGCGUGGAGCACGAGCGCCACUUCCUGGCGCCCGGGGUGCGGCGCGAGGCGGUGCGCGCGGGCCGGGUGCGGGGCGCGCUCUUCCUGCCCGCAGGCAAGGACAGCUUUCCAGGGAUCAUUGACCUGUUUGGAAGCAGUGGUGGCCUUUGUGAGUACAGAGCCAGCCUCCUAGCUGGACAUGGUUUUGCUGUGCUUGCUCUGGCUUACUUCAGGUUUGAGGACCUUCCAAAAUACUUGAGUGAGCUCCACCUGGAGUAUUUUGAAGAAGCUGUAGACUUUAUGCUCCAGCAUCCAAAGGUGCGUGGUCCGAAUCUUGGGCUUCUUGGCUUCUCCAAAGGAGGUGACCUGUGUCUCUCAAUGGCAUCUUUCUUGAAAGGUGUCACAGCCACUGUACUUAUCAACACCUGUGUGGCCAACACACUAGCUCCUCUUCAUUACAAGGGUAUGAUUCUUCCUGCUCUCCACAAUGACCUCGGGAAACAGAAAGUCACUGCGUCAGGUCUUUUGGAUAUGGUGGAUAUUUGGGAUGACCCACUGGAGGAACCCAAUCGCCAGAGCCUUAUUCCACUGGAAAAGGCCCAGGGCCCCUUCCUGUUUUUUGUCGGCAUGGAUGAUCAUAACUGGAACAGUGGCUUCUAUGCAGAAAUAGCCUCUGCAAGGCUGCAAGCUCAUGGAAAAGACAAGCCCCAGAUAAUCUACUAUCCAAAGACUGGGCAUUGUAUUGACCCGCCUUAUUUUCCGCCUUCCAGAGCAUCCGUUCAUGCACUGCUGGGUGAAGCAAUAUACUAUGGUGGUGAGCCACGGGCUCAGUCGAGGGCACAGGUGGAUGCCUGGCAGCAAAUUCAAACUUUCUUCCAGAAACAUCUCAAUGGUAAAAAAUAUGUCAAGUGCAGCAAAAUAUAAAUUGCAAUUGUAGAUCAAAUACCAUUCAUAAAAAUCCUAAUAAUACCACUUCUGUUGGGUUUCCAGAGCACUUAGGAAACUGUAAAAAAGCAAGCAGCUCAGGCUCCUUGCCAAGUCCUGCUGGCUUUCAGCCUUUGCUGCCCCGCUGUGCUCCCUGCCAGGUCCACCCUCAGCUCACCUGAGCAUUACCAGUGGAUAGGUUUAACUCUAUCUCACCUGUACGGACAAUCUGGACCUAAGCAAACGAAAUGUCAAAAUGGCUCAUCCAGCUCUCGGGUGGUGGCCUAGCUUCAUCUUUGUGUCUCAAUUCCGAAGCUUCUGUAUUGUUCUGAAGUCUGGCAUUCACUUGAGCCCUGACUGACCUUGUCCAAGCCUUGGGAACCUGCCCAGUAGAGUCCCUUAAGGAAUGGAUUCUGCCCCUUCCUUCCUUCCUU